UGGCAUGAAAUAAGGAACCUUACUGAACAUCUAUUCUCCAAAUAUUUGCUCAGCAGUGAGAAACCUAAAGAUGAAAGGAAUCACAAGAUUGAAUUCGUAGCCCGGGCCCCUUGUAUGUUUUUACAUACCUGUGCUGAAAUACUUCCUACUCCCAACGAUAAGACAAUGUCGCAGACAACAUUUGUGAAGCUGGACACUGCGACCAGGAAUUACUGUUUCCUGCAGACAACACUAAGAGACGGUGGGAAGGAAGGGUUCCAACUGAUGGUCACUGAUGGGGAAAACAUCUGGAGUGGAGACUUGACAGAGGACAACAUAGACAGCCUCAGCACCAAAGCUAAGAUGGACUACAACACCUAUGUCUCUCAGACAGCCAAGGCAUUUACACAACAAAACCUAGGCGGGAUGCAGUUUGAGUUUCAGAUGAAAACAAGGGGAGAUGACUCUGUCGACUUUAUUUGGAAGAAGCAUGUUCCAGCUGACGAAAUCAAGUUCCAGCUAGGCAGCGUCACCCUGUACAUGAAGGACGAUCCAGCUCGGUGUAUUCGCCAGAUGUUCCAACAGAACAUCACAACCACCUUAAGUCUUCAGGAACGCAUCCAUUCUCUAGACACAGACAAUGCACGUCUAUCUCAGGAGAGGGCUAUGGCCCUCAAGAGGCUGGACAAAUGUAUCACCGCUAAGGAGGAGGUGGAGAGAGAUCUGUAUGAGAAGUUUGUAACAGUUCUCAACAGCAAAAAGGAUAAAAUUCGAGCUUUGAAACAACAAAUAGAAGGUGGCGUCCCAUCAUCCUCCAGUGUCAGAGAUAAUGCCAGGCCUGGUACAUCUGGUGUGGGAGAUGCUGGAGUGUCAGAUGAGUCAGAAAACGAGGACGUCACCAACAGCAUCAGCUCCACCUCCCGGAUCCCAGGAGAAAGUGUUGCUGAGGAGGAAAAUACAGAUGAGGAAUCUCAGCCUGCGCCAUCCAAACGGAGACGUCGGGCUCCAGUGGGUCGGACCACAAAGAAGGAAGCAGAUUCCUCACUUGUGUUAGAAGAUGAACCUGACAGAGCAGUUACUACAGUGGCACGGAGACCCGCCAGACAGAGAGGAGCCAACAAGAAACAGACACCAUCCAAGCCAGUGCUCCCCAAAGUCACCUCCAAGCGAUCAGAUAGCGGCGGCUCCAGCGGGCCAGACCGGAGAAGUAGCAUGAGGAAGAGCAGUUCCCACUCCUCAAACAGAUCCUCAGACAACCAAGAUCCAGAAGAUCUGUUUGCAGACCUGGAAUAGACAGACCUUUCAGCAUCCCUUGCAAGGAGCAGAGAGCAUAGUAGUUUGUGUGGUCGGAGUGAGUGAGUGAGUGAGUUUUACACCGCACUCAGCAAUAUCCCAGCUAUAUGGCAGUGGUCUGUAAAUAAUCGAGUCUGGACCAGACAAUCCAGUGAUCAACA